AUGGCGCUUCGUUGGGGGAUCAUUGGCUGUGGCGCCAUUUCCCAUGACUUUGUUCGUUCGCUCGGUGUAGCCAAGGAGAAUCAUAAAGUAAGUAUGUCAAAGCUGGCCUUGAAACGUUCUAUUAGGUAGUUGCUGCCGGAGCUAGCGCGUUGCAACGAGCCGAAGAAUUUGUGCGAAAAGUUGGGCUCUCUGAUGUGAAGGCGUUCGGAAGUUACGAGGAGUUGUUGACAGACAACAAUGUUGGUAUGUCUUGAGAAUAAACUUGUUAUUAUUACAAUUACUAUUUACUUUGGACUUUUUUCUAGACGUUGUAUACAUUGGCCUACUCAACGAUGCACAUGUAACUUGGACAGUAAAAGCGUUGAAGGCCGGGAAACAUGUUCUCUGUGAGAAGCCGCUCGGAGUGAACUUGAAGGAAGUCAAGUUGAUAGUUGAAACAGCUCGGGCUGAGAAGAAAUUCUUGAUGGAGGUAGGGAUCUUAAGGCUAGCGGAAAUGGUGCAAGUGCGACGCUAAGAUUUUCUUUACAUUUUACACAGACUUCGGGCGUAGGCCAUAUAUCAGCGCGCUUUGCAGGGAGAGCCAAGAUAUUAAAAGCUUGUUAUUUCGUAGUCAAAAACUUAUGUCUUCUAAAAAUACGUAUUUCAAAUACGAAGUCUCUGUGCCGCCUCUGCCGGAAGUUGUAGCCUUCCACUUUCCUUCACGUUUUUUGUAAAACCCUGUAUCUUUGCGACCGAGGCACUUCCCACGUCAGCAUGAAACCCGGCCCCGGUUAAAUAGUGAACUUAUAAUAAUAUCAAUGUUCUUCCAGGGAUACUGGUCUCGCUUCUUCCCAGUUUGGUUGGAUAUCAAAAACAAGAUCGCGGAUCGUGAUCUGGGCGCUUUGAGGCUUGUCCACAUCAACUUGGGAAUUCUGUUGCCCGAAAAUAGGAGGGAUGUGAGCAAAGGGUCGACUCCCUUGUAUGAUAUCGGAGUGUAUCCGGUCAGUCUGGCGUUGUAUGCGUUCGGGAAGAAGGCCACAAAAGUUGAUGCCAUUGGGGCCAAGGAUGAGCACAAUACGGACAUCUGGGCCAAUAUUACUCUUCAAUUCGGCGAUGAUCAACGGGCGCUUUUGUAUUACGACGCCAACAAUCGGACCGUUAACAAUGCCAUCCUGAACUUUGAGAAUGGAAGUAUUCAAGUGAGUUGAUGGCGAUUUAAAGUGAAGCACCUGAUCCAUUGGCAAAAAACGUAUCAUUUUGCAUCCGGGAGGUAUCAAAAAAUGUAGCAAAAUGUCUCCCCUUCCAAGUGGAGAAACUUCGUUUUGAAACGCGCCGUUUCCCUUACAAAAAGAGCUGGCGCGAUUUGAAAUCGGAGUUUAUUCACUUGCAGAAGGAGGUAUUUUGCCACAUUUUUUGUUACUUCCUGGAUGCAAAAUGGUACGUUUUUUGCCACUGGAUCAGGUCCCUGUAACGGAAAGUUUUACAGAUCCCUGACUUCUUCUGGUCCCCCAGUGAGUACAUUGUCACCAACCGAGAGACUAAUCAACAUACGACUGUCAAAUAUUCGUAUCCGGCCAGUGAACAUGACUAUAAUUACAGUCACAGCUCCGGCUUGAGCUACGAAGCCGAUCACGUGUACAGGAAGAUCAAGGAAGGUAAGAAAAAAAGAAGCUUUGAUGCUAUCAGUCUGUCGGGAAAAUAAUGUGCACAAUGUCGCUAGAUAGUGUUGCUGAAGUCAAAAGAUAUUUGAUUUUGUCGCGAUACAAUUAAUUGUUCCGCAGGCGAUGCGAUUUUCGAUGCAACAGAGUGCUCAUUAUUUUCCCGACAGAGUGAUGUAGAUAGCAAGAAGUAAUGCUUCCAGUGUUUUUGGGUGAAUUUUGUCAUCAAAAGUUGUAUUUCUAUUUCUAUCUUGGAAAGUAAUGUUUAUAAUAUAAUUUCAGGUCAAAUUGAGAGUGAAAAGAUGAGUCAUGAGGAGACGAUCGCGAUACACGAGGUCUUGGAGAAGGUCAAAAAAGACCUUGGAGUGGUAUUUCCUCAGGAUUAG